AUGGAUAACAUGACUGAAACCUCUUCACAUAAGACACGCUUUCUCCUGACCAACUCCAACUAUGUUAUCUGGAAAAUCUCGAUCGAAGCAAAACUGUUUGAUCUUGGAGCUCGUGAAUAUGUCGUUGGGAUCACUAAAGUCGAUGAAAAAACCUCUGCUGAAGAAAUCGCCAAACUCAGCAAGCUCAACACAAAAGCUUACUCGUUGAUCAUUCAAAAUCUGGAUUCCGAAAAUCUCUCUCUUGUCAGCACAACUCUACCAAUAACCGAUCAAUUCAACGGCAAGGCUCUCUGGACCCUUCUGAGAAACAAAUAUGCUGGUUCCAAUCUCGCUGCACGAUCUGCUGCUCUUGACAUAUUCCUAGAUCUUGAAUUCAAAGAUGUAUCAUUGUUUGCUACGGCUAUCCGACUCUCCAAUCAAAAAAUGGUUCUUGCUGGCAUCAUGCUCGACGAUCAAGUCAAAAUGAUGAUAAUGCUACAAAAACUCCCUCGUCAAGAAUUCCGAUCGUUCCGGGACAUUGUUGCCAUGGGUUUUGCUACCGAAUCGUUUGAAGCAAUCGUAAAGAGACUAGAAGCCUACACAGUCACUAACAACAUCAAGAAAGAUUCGUUGGAUGAACCUCAAGUGUCCCCUCAAACUUCUCUUCACACCCAAUCAGUUGACUCAAGCUUGCGUUCAAAUCCAGUCUGUCCUCACUGCAAGAAGGUCGGCCAUCGACCAAACAACUGCUGGCUCAAGUUUCCUGAGAAAGCACCGAACACCAAGCGAUCACAUAUGACAACUGAUUCACAACUGUCUUCCAAUCCAACCGACUUCACCUGGUUCCGAACCGCUGAAGGUGUCAGACAUCACGUUGAUGAAAUCAAGUUUGAAAAUGUUACUUAUUUUCGUUAA